UUACAUAUAUGGAUGAAAUUUAAGUUCAAAUGAAUAUAUAGUAGAUUCUAUGAAAAGUAUUUAAAAACAAAUGAAAACACAUACAAUUACAAUUUUUCGACCAUUAAAAUAAAAUAGAAGCAACUCAUUAUAUUCCAGUUUUUACAAAAUAAAUACUGAUUAUGAAAAAGUCUUAUUUUAUUUUAAUAAUAUUUAUUUUUACAUUCUUCAUUGAAUCAAAAAACAUUCAAAAUCUCGAAAAUUAUAUUUUUAGUAGUCUCAUUAUAAAUGAUGGAUGGAAUAAUUUAAAAGAUGUGAAUUGUAUUCAAUACUUGAAAAAUUCUUAUUCUUUAGAGCAAAUUAUUGGAAAAGAAAAUGUAAUUAAUUGUGACAAACGAAUUCGUUUAUUAACUUAUUUCUUAGCUUGUUCAUACAUUAGUGAUUUAAAAAAACUAUUUUUCAUAUUCGUGCAAUUUGGAGAACAUUGCCAGAGUUUGAUUAGAAAACGUGAUCCAACUGGAGGUAUUUGCGCUAUAGAGCUGUUUAAAAUUGUAAAAAAAAUUCCAUCAUUAGCAACAUUGAUGAAAGAAACACUUUAUGUACUGGACUAUCUGCAUAGCUAUCCAAUAAAAAACGGGAAAAAUAAUCACUUUGUUUUAGAAAAUGUAUUAUUACAUUUAGAAGACUUUAACAUAAGAUUACAAAACUAUAUUUAUUUGGAAAAUGAUACAACCUCUAAUAUGUUUUUAGUAUUUACUAUAUAUUUUUUUAGUAAUAGAGAGGGUGACACUGAAUGGGAAUGUUAUAAGUAUUGCAGAUUUGUGUCAUAUGAUAGCAAAACGCUAUGGCUAAAAUGGGAUAAAGAAUACAAACAUAAAAUUAAUAAUGACAAGACUUUGCCGUUCUAUGAAUAUCUGAGUCAAAAAGUCAAUUUACUGCUUAAUUCCAUAAUUAUAAACAAAUUUCAUAAACUAGGGUUUCAGUAUGACCGAAAUACUCUACAAAUUGGAAUACCUCUACUAGAAGAGUCCAUUAAUUAUGAUUUAAAAUUGUAUACAAAACCUAAUAAAACUUCCGCAACAAUUCAAAGCGAAUCACAAAGAGAAGAUAUCAAAAAUCAAUUUGAAAAUCAAUGGAUACUAGAACUCAUUGAUUCAUUAAAUAUAGAUUUUAAAUUGUACCCAAGACCUAAUAAAUCUUCUGAAACAAUUGAAAGAACAUCACAAAAAAAAGAUUUGGUUACUGUAUUUGAACCUAAUAAAGAACUUCAACUAAACGAUUUUCUCGGAAAAGAUUUGGUUAAUGUAUCUCAACCCAAUAAUGAAUUGCAUCUAAUCGAUUUUCUCGAAAAAGGAUUAAAUCCUGAUGCCUCAUAUGAUGAUAUCUCAGAAUCGAUGGAAACAGACGAAAAUAGAGAAAAUUAUACCAAGUAUCUUUAAUCAGUAAUUUUAUGUGUAAUUACCACUUUUAUCAAAAUUUAAUAAUAAAACAUUUUGUUUAAGCUUCAAUUCGUAAAUAAAAUUCUGUUCGUUUGCUGA